AUGAACAACAGUCUGCCGACGCCACCUGCGCAGGGAAACGUGUCGUUCGUGCUGCGGCGCGUGAACGACACGGUGUUGGAGGACCGCCCGGUGCGGCCACUGCGUGCCGGCGAAGUGCGCGUGAAUGUGCGUCAGACGGGCCUGUGUGGCUCGGACUGCCACUACCGCUCGCACGGCCGCAUCGGUGAGUUUGUGCUCGAGGCGCCGAUGGUGCUGGGCCACGAGUCGUCGGGCAUCGUGUGCGAGGUCGGGCCGGGUGUGACGACGCAUGCCGUCGGCGACCGUGUGGCGCUGGAGCCGGGCGUGCCGUGCCUGUCGUGCAGCCUGUGCCUCGGUGGCCGGUACAACCUGUGCCGCGCCAUGGUGUUUGCCGCUACGCCGCCGUACGACGGUACGCUCGCGACCUACUACCAGGUGCAUGCGUCGUUUGCGCACAAGGUGCCGGACCAUAUGACGCUGGAAGAAGCGUCGCUCAUGGAGCCGCUGAGUGUCGCUGUGCACGCAGCCGUCGCGCGCGGCCGUCUCGCUCCGUUGCAGAACGUGCUGGUGCUGGGUGCGGGGCCUAUUGGACUGCUGGUCGGCGCUGUCGCGCGGGCGUACGGGGCCUCCUCUGUCGUCAUGUCCGACUUGGUCGACGAGAAGUUGGCGUUCGCGAGCGACUUUUGUGCGACGUCGACCUUCAAGCCGGAUGCGCCGCGGCCGGACGAGUCUGAGGGCGAGCUGGCUGCGCGUACGGCGAGUGCGCUGAAGGCGUCGCUGGGCGGCAGCGUGCAGGCGAACGACGGCUUCGACUUGGUGCUGGAUGCGACGGGCGCGCAGUCGUGCAUUAUGCUGGGUGUGUGGGCGGCGCGUCCGCAGGGGCGUGUCGUCGCUGUCGGCAUGGGCCGUCCUGACAUUCUCGUGCCGGUGACGCGUAUGUCGGUGCAGGAGAUCGAGCUGGUGGGCUCGUUCCGCUACAGCUGUGGCGACUACGAGCGCGCGAUUGCGCUCGUGGCGUCGGGUCAGAUCGAUGUGAAGCGCCUCGUGACGCACCGCUAUGUAUUUAGCGAUGCGAGCAAGGCGUUUGACGCCACGACGGCCGGUCGUGGCGAGGAUGGACGCGCGACGAUCAAGGUGCAGAUUUGCCAGGGCGAGGCUCGGUCAUAG